AUGUCAGGAGCCCCCAAGGAGAGUUUGGGGGCCCAGGGGCUGCCGGGGUUGGGCAAGGCCUGCUUAACCACCAUGGACAAAAAGCUUAACAUGCUGAAUGAGAAGGUCGACAAACUCUUACAUUUCCAAGAAGAUGUCAUGGAGAAACUGCAGUGCGUGUACCGAGGUAUGGGCCACCUGGAGCAAGGCCUACACCGGCUGGAGGCGUCCCGAGUUCCGGGUCCUGCUGGGGCUGACUGCACUCCCCCGGCUGACACGCAGGCUGGGUGGCCGGAGGUCCUGGAGCUGGUGAGGGCCGGGCAGCAGGAUGCCGCCCAUCAGGGCGCCAGGCUCGAAGCCCUCUUCCGGAUGGUGGUGGCUGUGGACAAGGCCAUAGCUUUGGUGGGGGCCGUGCUCCAGAACUCGAAGGUGGUGGAUUUUAUCAUGCAAGGGAGUGUCCCCUGGAGGAAGGGAAGCCUGGCCGACAGCCCUGCGGAGAACAAAGAGCGAGUGGAAGAGAAAGGAGCAAAACCAAAGCACACGCUGAGCACCAGAGGUGUGCAAGCCGAGCUCAGGAGGCCUUGGGAAGAGAGCCAGAAGGUGGACCUGCCAGAGGGGACCGUGGAGAGGCUGUCCCCCAUCAGUGCUUCGGGGAUAGGAUCUGACCUCCUUACCCAGGCAGAGGCCUCACCAGAACGGGUGCGCCCAGAGGUGGAAGUCAAAGCUCCUGGAGCAGCCAUCGAGAACCCUGGGACUGGCCUGGAAUUGUCUGUGGUGUCUGAAAGGGUCAGUGAGGCUCCCGCUGGCCAGGAGGCUGCAUCUGGUGCAGGACGAGGAACAUUGUCUAGUAGGCCUGACCCUCAGCCCUCGGAGGAGGGCAUGAGGCUGACUCCAGUGCCACCAGCCCAGGCCAAGGCAGCUCACAGGGGUGGAGAAACACCUCCAAGGAUCUCCAUCCACGUGCAGGAGACGGAUACCCCUGGGGAGCUGCUUGUGACACGGGGGAGCAGCCUCAGAACCACACCCCCUGCAGAGGCUGAAGCGGCUGCCCAUCCAGGUGAGCAGGACCCACCUGGGCCCAGGUGCUGCCCCCAGGCCCCUGGGACUGAGUCAGGAAAACAUAUCCCCAAAGGAGCCAGUGUGUUUUCCCCACUGCGGAAGCGGAACAGCGAUGGGGGAGCAAAAGCCAAAGAGAAGCAGGGGCCUGGGGCCGAGCCCACCAUGGCACCAAGCAGGGCCAGGAGGGACAAGGGAGCCGAUGCCAGGGUCCCAGACCCGCAGCAGGACACAGGCCCAGGAGCAGGGAACCCUGAGCCUGGGAAGGACUGCACAGCCAGGGGCACGGGCAGAGCUGAAGCAGGAAGGAGGACGCCCCCAGGAGCUGAGGCAGGAAGCCUGGUUCUUGACGACAGUCCAGCCCCACCAGCCCCUUUCGAGCACCGGGUGGUGAGCGUCAGGGAGCCCUCGACCUCAGCAGGCUACACAGUGUGCCAGCACGAAGUCCUGGGAGGGGGCCGGUUUGGCCAGGUCCACAGAUGCACAGAGAAGGCCACGGGCCUCGCGCUGGCGGCCAAGAUCAUCAAAGUAAAGAGUGCGAAGGACCGGGACGAUGUGAAGAACGAGAUUAACAUCAUGAACCAGCUCAGCCAUGUGAACCUGAUCCAGCUCUACGAUGCCUUUGAAAGCAAGAACAGCUUUACCCUUGUCAUGGAGUAUGUGGAUGGGGGUGAGCUCUUUGAUCGGAUCACGGAAGAAAAGUACCACCUGACUGAACUGGAUGUGAUCUUGUUCACCAAGCAGAUCUGCGAGGGUGUGCAUUACCUCCAUCAGCACUACGUCCUGCACUUGGACCUCAAGCCUGAGAACAUACUGUGUGUCAAUCAGACAGGACACCAAAUUAAGAUCAUUGACUUCGGGCUGGCCAGAAGGUACAAGCCUCGGGAGAAGCUGAAGGUGAACUUCGGCACUCCCGAGUUCCUGGCCCCGGAAGUCGUCAAUUACGAGUUUGUCUCCUUCCCAACGGACAUGUGGAGUGUGGGAGUCAUCACCUACAUGCUACUCAGUGGUUUGUCCCCAUUUCUAGGGGAAACAGAUGCAGAGACCAUGAAUUUCAUUGUGAACUGCAGCUGGGAUUUUGAUGCUGACAGCUUUGAAGGGCUGUCAGAGGAGGCCAAGGACUUUGUCUCCAGGUUGCUGGUCAAAGAGAAGAGCUGCAGAAUGAGUGCCACACAGUGCCUGAAACAUGAGUGGCUGAAUAACUUGCCUGCCAAAGCUUCAAAAUCAAAAGUUCGUCUCAAAUCCCAGCUGUUGCUACAGAAAUACAUGGCUCAGAGGAAAUGGAAGAAACACUUCUACGUGGUGACUGCUGCCAACAGGUUAAGGAAAUUUCCAACUUCUCCCUAAUUCUCAACUCUGCUGCUUCCAUGGGCCCAGAAAUUACUGAGACUGGUGGUGAAGUCAUGACUGAAGAUUUUUAAUAACCUGGCCUGCCACUAUUUUGUAAACAAACAAACAAACAAAAGGUUAUGGCUGUUGCCUUCCUUGUGGUUGAAAAGUGGCUAUAAAGAAAGUGACCUGAGAACUUUUUCCUGCCUUAUAAAAUCACUACGUUGCAAUGCUGUGAUUACUUUUCAAGUGUACCUACUUUUGGUGAUAAGCAUAGGCAUGCUUUAGUUAGGUGGGAAAGCUUCUACUUUGCAUAUGUCCAAUUUAAAGCCUAAGCUUACUCUGGUUAAAGAACCCAGUGGACUAUCACACAGGGCAUGUUAGUCAGUGUUACCUCCUCCAGUGCAAAGAAUUCCUGGCAUUUUGGUUUGUUCAAGUGUGAGCUGACAUUUUGUACUACAUUUGUUGCUCUAGUGUGAAACAAUGUGGAUGUAG